UGCACUAAUGAUGCUCCGUAGCUUAGUCCUCCAAGAAAGACCUUUUUUCAACUGGAGUCAUCAGCGAGAUUAUGGGCUUUUUCUUGAUAAACUCCGGAUGAUAUAGCAUGAUUCAGUGUUUAUUUUCCUCUCUUACUUGACUACCAACAGGUUUUACCGGUCGGCAAAAGCGAAUUCAAAAACCGCCGAGCUUGCGCAACUUAGAAGAAGUUUAUCAGUGAGCCCGAGAGCUAGCUUAAGUAGCUAGCCCGGUGUGUUUAAGGAGUCAGCCAGCCAUUUGUCUCAAUAUGUUGCGGGGUAACUAGUUAGCAGAGGCAGCGCACUUGUGUGUGUGUGUUUUUUUUGUGUGUGUGUACCCGACAUGUUUUGCCAGAGGACAAGGAGAGCGAGGCAGCAAGGACCUCAGAGAAACCGGGGCGACUUUACUAUGGCUAAACAACAAAAACAGCUGCUCUGUUGAUGUGAGAAAAAAGGGUCAGGAGGACAACAUCAGCGACUAUGAGCACGGCAGAACAAAAGGACAGAGGCUUGUCCUUAAGCGAAGACACUCUCCCGUGCUUCCAUAACUCCAAAGCUGACCCGCUGAUCCGAAGCCGACCCCUCAGUGAUAUAUACCCAUUUCAGAGUCAGUGUGACAGAAGUGCAGUUCCAUAUCUGCUGUCGGGAUGUGGUGCCCAGGUACAGCCGAUGACUGCAGGUCCUCUCACUGAUGAGAAAAAAUUAAACGGCAUCAACUCCUCCGCUUGGUCCAACCCAGUGAUAGGUCAACCUGAAGGAAAACCUUACUCCUCAAGAAUUAUGAGGCUCUUUUCUAACUCAAAGAAGGGUCCCAUCCCUGCUCACAGUCCAACUAGUGACAGUCCCACCUCAGUGCACAGCAACGACAGCAACAGUGGCCUCCAGUCCUGGUCAGGACUUUCAGGACUGGGUGUUGUGGACUCCUUCAAAAAACUGCGCUCCUCUGUCCUUCAGGGUAUUCAGAGUAGAGGGGCAACAAACCAUAAUGGAGAGCAUGUUUUUUCAUCAAAUCAGGAAGUGGCUAAUGGCACGAUUGUGGCCAACGAUGAUCCUGAUCCAGAUGUUGCAACUAAUCAUUUAAAGACAGCAGAAGGAUACAUGUCUAAUGGAAAUUUUACUGGAGAAAAAUUGGCUGCGAUGAGCCAGUGUGACUCCGAUGUUGAGGACUAUGAUGAUGAGGAAAAUGAUGAAGGAGAUGGUCUCAUGCGGAACUCGCGAUUUUCGAGGAGUAUCAGGAGAGCAUAUGGAGCGGGGCGCAUUUCUUUACUUGACGUGGGAAUCGGGAAAAUCGCAGGAAGUAGCACAAAUGAAGCCGCUGACAGUCAGAAACCAAACCAGACGUCCAAGGCCAGUGUCCAAACUGAGACAAUGAGCAACACAAAUGUGAAGGUGUUGAACAGAAUGAGCAAGAGCACAGAAAGUCUUCAUUUAUUUAAGGCACAUUUCAGACGCAAAGAACCAUCUCCAGGUCCUCCUUCGCCUCAGGAAGACUCCCAGAGGACACCAAACAUCCAGAGAACAGCCAGUGCCUCCUCAGUGGACCUUCAAAGCCAUGCUAUUAACCACAGGAAGUCCCCUGUGAAGUACAAGGGGCCGAUGCUGAAGCUAGUGGGCAGCAUGACUGACCUAACUGUCCGACGCAAGCGAAGCCCCCCCCCCAGCCCUCCAUCCCCUAUGUCACCCCUGAGCCGUCUCCAUGACGACUACUCCCGCCGUGUGCCUUGCCUACAAACCAGUGAGCGACUGCGCCGGCCUUUGCCUGUCAGAGCCCGGCUCACGUCUGUUGAACACACACCGCUGGUUCAUCACCAGCCUGAAUACGACGUCAGCCCACAGCAGCACCGGGUCCUGAUCAGCCCAGUUUCUGUGGACAGAACAGAGACUUCAUCUGAUAUAUCUGUUCAUUAUGGGUCGCUGGCUGUAGCAGCUACAAGCGAUUGUGAUUCAUCUCCGCUCAGCCAAAAAGAGCCUUCAUCACAACCGACUGAGGUCAAGUCACUACCAAACGAGGUGACAUUAGAACAACAAGGGCGAGAAGCGCUUCUCCAAACAGAUGAAGUCUCUCCAACAACCAGCAGCAGCACACCUCCUAUCUCCCCAGCGUGCCUCUCGGAGCCACCCACAUCGCCCACAUCUCUCACAGACGCACCCAUGACUUCCACAGAAACGUCAUCCGUCAAGCCCAGGCGAAGGACCGGGCAUCCGAGACCUCGGCCCAUUUCAGACUAUGGGCAGCUCAUUUCCAGGAAGCACUCCAUUCCCAGGGAAGUGGCAGAACUCCGCGCUGAGGAGAGGACAGAAAACACAUCAUUGCAUAAAGACUACUGUGAUACUGACACCUGUGGGAUUGGAGAAAGCCCAGAGAACUGCAAUAUGAAUGGGGAUGUUCAGUGCAGGAGACUACGGCCUAUCUCAGUGAUCGGAGUCGUGGAUGUGUGCCAUCCUGAUGCUGAGGAGAAGGACGACCGCCUUCCAUCUCCCCUGUCACGGCCGCCCAUCCCCUCCCACCAGGUGCCCCCCUACAGAGCAGUGUCUGCCAGGUUCCGCCCCUCAGCCCUCUCCCAGAGCACCCCCAUCGGACUGGAUCGUGUUGGGCGGCGAAAGCUCCACAGAGUGCUCAGUGAUGGUGUGUCUGAGUGCUCAGCGACACUUGAUGACAGCGUGAGUGAGGAGGAGGAGAGCAGCUUUGAUGAGCUCACUGAUGUCACCCCCUACCUCCAGCCAGGGGUGGAGAUCUCGGUGCUCAACGAGUGGAUAAGCUCAGGCCACACCGUGUAUGCUGAGGCUCUCUGGGACCAUGUGACCAUGGAGGAGCAGGAGCUGGCCUUCAAGGCUGGAGAUGUUAUCCGUGUCCUGGAUGCCUCGCAUAAGGACUGGUGGUGGGGCAGGGGGGCUGACAGGGAGGCCUGGUUCCCCUCCAGCUUUGUGAGGGUGCGAGUGAACCAGGAAGACUCGAGUGCGGAAAGUGUAGAGAGCGUAGCGGACCAGGAGGAUCCAGUUCCCAGGGACACACACAAUGCCCAGCACAAGGAGCAGAUGAGAACCAAUGUGGUUCAGGAAAUCAUGAAUACUGAGCGCAUCUACAUCAAGCACCUCAAAGACAUCUGUGAGGGUUACAUCCGCCAGUGCCGUAAACACCCAGACAUGUUCACUGAGCUGCAGUUGAAGACCAUCUUUAGCAACAUAGAAGACAUCUACAAAUUUCAGAGGCAGUUUCUGAGAGACCUGGAGAAGAAGUACAACAAAGACCAACCGCACCUCAGUGAAAUAGGCUCUUGUUUUCUCUUGCAGGGGGAGGGCUUCUCUAUUUACUCAGAGUACUGUAACACCCAUCCAGCGGCAUGUGCUGAGAUGCAGCGCCUCAUGAAGAUGGGCCGAUAUAAACAUUUCUUUGAGGCCUGCCGGCUCCUCCAGCAGAUGAUUGACAUCUCCAUCGCCGGUUUCUUGCUCACGCCCGUCCAGAAGAUCUGUAAAUACCCUCUGCAGCUGGGAGAACUGCUCAAAUACACCCCUAAGGACCAUAGUGACUACAGCGGAGUGAGCAAAGCAUAUGAGGCUAUGAAGAAUGUGGCCAGUCUGAUAAAUGAGAGGAAAAGACGGCUCGAGAGUGUUGACACCAUUGCUCACUGGCAGGUCGCCAUUCUGCACUGGGAGGGACCUGACGUGCUGGAGCGCAGUUCAGAGCUGAUCCACUCUGGUGAGCUGACUCGAAUCGUCCGACAAGGCAAAAUGCAGCAGCGCAGCUUCUUUCUAUUUGACCACCAGUUGGUCUUCUGCAAAAAAGACGUCCUGCGCAGAGACUUGCUCCACUACCGUGGACGGCUGGAUAUGGACCAGACCGAGGUGGUGGACGUGCCCGACGGGCGGGACCCAGACCUGGGCCUGAGCCUGAGGAACGCUCUGCGCUUGCGCCACGCCUCCACUCUGGAGUUUAUGUGUGUUCUGUGCUGCAGGAAGGCCCAGGACAAGCAGAGGUGGUUAGACGCUUUUGCCAAGGAAAGACACAGAGUCAAGGAAGACCAAGAGAUGGGAAUGGAGAUCAGCGAAGAGCAAAGAAAACAGGCCAUUGUUAAUGCCAGAAGAGCCAAACAGGGAAAGAUCAAACCCAUUGGUUACUCUGGUUCUGUCCCACCCCACCACCAAAACCUGCACCCACUUCACCAGCGUCACAUCACCAUUCCAACCAGAGUGCCUCAGCAACAGGUCUUUUCACUGGCCGAGCCCCCAAAGCGAAAGCCUUAUCACCUGUUGUACAGCAUCACUCGCAAUGCCUUUUUCAGGAAAUGAGGCUUUGCUCCUUUUUUUUUUUUAUCCCUCCUCUGUGCAUGAUCAGAGCAUGCCCAAACCGUCCUGAAGACUCAAAGAACACUUUAUUUUUUUCCUGUUUUUCCUGUCUGUGAAUGUACUAUCAAGUUUUGUUUUUGUGCCUCAUGUGUCUUUCUUUGUGUCUAUUUUUGUUGCAUGUUGAAGUUCAGUGCCUUCACUUCGUAUGGGGCAUGACAAAAGUGUUAAAAUACUGACUCUGUCCAUUUUGUUGGCGUGUUAAAGAUGCUGCUCACUAAAGUCCAUGAAACCACACCCCCUUUUGUCUUGUUAAUUCCAGCGGAAAUACCUUUUCUUUUUUUUUUUUUUUAUUAUGACAGUGAUGUGCAUUCUGCUUUUACACUGAAAAACAUGGUUUUAGGUUAUUUCACAAAGGCUGGACCCUUUUAUUUUGUUUUGCCCCGAGUCUGUCAACUCUGGGCUCAACCAGAGGAUAAAUUAACUGACACAUUCAUCUACCCUGUUAACACUGUAAAUAAAACUCU